AUGCUGCUCCACGCCCUCCUCCUCCUCCUCCUCUCCCUCCUGGCCGCCACCUCCUCCGCCACCCCCUCGCAGUACUGCCUCUUCGGCGCCCCGCGCGACGAGGUCGACUUCUGCGUCGCCCUCUCCCUCUACCACAACCACUCCACCUCGGCCCACGACGUCUACCUCUCCCUCUCCGUCCGGCGCCCCGUGGUCCAGCCCGGCAACUCGUCGUCGUCGUCGUCGUCGUCGUCGUCGUCCCUCGGCUGGACCGCCGUCGGCGCCGGCCCCCGCAUGGCCGGCUCCCUCAUGUUCGUCCUCUACGGUGAUCCCGAGGCCUCCGCCGGGGAGAAGAUCAAGCCGCCGACGCUCAGCGUGCGCACCGUCAAGACGGGCCAUGCGAGACCCGUGCUCAUCACCCAGGAGGACGCCGCCGCCGCCGCCGGUUCAUCAUCACAGCCCGUCGACGUCCGCGUCGCAGAGACGAGCUGGGCAAAGGAGACGGAUGGUGAUGGUGAUGGCAGCAGCGUGUACUUUGUGGCCUCUGCCCACGCCGUGUGCUACGGCUGCUCCGACUGGCGCGGCACAGACAUCUCCCCCGAGUCGGCCUCCCAGCCCUGGAUCUGGGCCUGGAACAGGAACCAGGACAUGGAGGCGUUCGCCGCCGACGAGCAGCUCGAGAUGCACUCCCUCGUCGACGGCAACUAUGGCUACUUCUACGUCGACAUGGAGGCCGCGACGUCGCACCACGCCGACGGCUUUCCCGCCCUCAACCUGACCAACAAGGACGCCGCCAACGCAAACGCCAACAUCGGCGCCUCCGACCGGCCCAUGGCGGGAGACAGCAACAACAAGAGCCUGUGGCAGAAGCUCCUGUCCCGGCCCCUGGCGCACCUGCACGGCUUCUUCAUGAUGGCCUCCUUCCUGCUGCUCUUCCCCCUCGGCGCCGUCGCCAUCCGCUCCGGCUCGACAAGCGCCUUUAAGCACCACUGGGCCGUCCAGGCCACCGCCUCCGCCAGCGCCCUCUCCGGCGCCGUCACCGCCGUCAUCAUGAGCGACCGCGUCUUCGCCUCGCCGCACCAAAUCGCCGGCGUCGCCAUCGUCUGCCUGCUCCCCCUGCAGGCGCUCCUCGGCUGGCGCCACCACGUCGACUUUCUCCGCAUCUUCCGCCGCACCUGGAUCUCGUACGCGCACAUCGCCCUGGGCUUCACCAUCCUGCUGAGCGGCUGGGCCAACGUCCUCGCGGGGCUCGCGCUGUACGGCCUGGGCAAGCUGGGCAUCGCGCUCGUGGCGCUGGUGGUGUUGCUCGAGGCGGGCGGCGUCGGCGCCGUUUCGUGGCUUGCCGCGAGGAGGAGGGCGGCGACGGGCGGGAACAGGGUGCACAAGGAGACGCCCGAGUCUUCGGCGGCGUAUUUCGCGCUGGAGGAUAUUCCGGAGAGUGAUGAGGAGGAUGAGGGCGCCGAGGAGAGGGGGCUUAUGCGCAAGGGGGGCGAGUGA